AAUUAAAACAUUCAAACAUUUCACUUGCUUGAGGACUAAGUUGUUUAUAGCGGAGAAAAAAACAAAAGUUAUCAACUUUGAUUAAAUAUUAAUGUUUUUUGAGUUCUUUUCUUCAAAAAUUAGUAAAGUUAUCGAUUUUAUUUUAAUUAAUAAUUAGGAGUACUUUAGGACGAUCUUUACCUGGUGAAAGAUUUGUUAAAUACUUCAAAGGUGAUAAAAUGUUAGUGAGAUUUGGACUAUUAUCAAAAGUAUUUACUAGCAGAAACAAAGAUGUCUUUCUUAAAGUGUAGAAGGAUGGUGACCUCAUUGAUUGUUUUAAAUCUUCUGAUGACAUUUUCUGAACAUCAAUUUGAAGUGUAUGGGCAAUACUAAAAUGUUACUACUGAACAAUGCUGAAAUGUCAACCAUGACUUAUCACUUAUGUCAAGUAUUUUCGUGUAUCAACAAUUACUUUUCGACAUUUUGUCUCUAGACUGUAAAAUAAUCUUAUAUUCAUUUGGUACAUUUACUUUAUCUUCGGCUACAAAAAUAUAAUCCAGUAAACGUUUUAUUUUAAACAAUCACUAUGUCAGAAGGCUCUGGUCAAAAGUUAUCAUCUAAUUGUCAUGGUUUUAAAAGUGAAUCAGUUAAUUAUUUAUAUGAAAUUCAACAAAUGAUGCAUGGUUUUGGCGACUGUUCUGAACCUCUAAUAGAUUCAGCGAGAAUAGUAGAAGAUAUUGUUUUACGCCAAAUGAGAUCAAUUGUCAAAGAUGCCUUUGAAGUUGCUAAACAAAGAGGUAGUAAUACCGUCAAUGCUGAAGAUUUUAUAUUUCUUCUCCGAAAGGAUACAGUUAAAUUACAGCGUCUGAUAAAGUAUCUUGAUUUGAAAGAAUUUAAAUCAUCUAUUUAUAAAGUUACUAAUUCUGAACCGACUGACAAAUUAUCAGAUAUUAAACAAAUGGAAGAAUCUAAAAAGUCUAAAAAACUUUGGGAAACAUUUCUAGAAACUUUAGAUACUACAGGAGAGAUAUGUAAUAAUAAGACUUCAGUUGAUGAUGUAAAAUAUAAUAGAUGCGUUCGUGCAGAAAUCAUGUCAAAAAAUCUUGAUGAGGCACGAUACAUAGAUUAUUCCAAAGCAAGAAAUGUUUCUUUCGUCAACAGACAUCGUCACAAAUUUAGUGAUUGGAUUAUUCCCAAUGGUGAUGUAAGCAUAUCAAAACAAGGAUACGUUAUUUUGAGCUAUUUUGCAUAUGAAACUGUUGCUCAAAUUAUAGAUUUAGCUUUUCUAGUACGUCAAGAUCAAAAUAAAAUUUACGGUGACGCUCUGGAUAGAUUAAAGAUAAGUUAUUGCAAUCCUCAAACAUUUAAGACUCAUCAACAAAGUAAGAGUUCUAUUAUGAAGCCUAUUUCUCCUUCCGAAAUCAAUGAAGCUGUGAGACGUUAUUGGUCAGCUCAAUUAGAUGUGACAGGUCCAUUUCAUCGUUGGUGUUUUGGAAAACGCCAUUCAAAACUUCUUGCUUGUUAAGAUCACUGUAUUGUAAUCCAAACCAAAUAAAAAUUAUUUUACAGGCAAGAGAUUAAAUCCAGAAUAGUGGAAAAUAUAUGUACUACUUUCUUCCUGUAGAUUUUUAAUAAAUGUAUGAUGUAGACAAUUAGUCGAAAUAAACUUAGUAAAACUUAAA